AUGACCCUGAGGGCCAGAUCCGGAACAGGAACGCUGGAGUCUCGCUGCCAUCGCCUCCUCCCACCUGGACACGGUGUCACCUGCUGUGGGGACACUGGGCAUCACCACGGUCCUGCGGGGACGCUGCCUGCUGUUGAGCUGGGUGUCACGGUGCUGGGUACCGCCUGGCCCGAGCAUCCUGGCACUGGGUACCGCUGGGUGCUGGCGUCCCGGCACUGGGUACCACCAGCUCCUGGCAUCGUGGCAGCGGAUCCCACCAGACCCCGGCAUCACUGUGCCGGGCCAUCCCGCCGCAACACCUCGCAGCAUCCCGGAGAGAUGGAGCCGAUGUCGCUACCUGAGGUCGCCGUGCCGUUGCGGCACAACCGAUCGCUGGUGUCUCCUGAGAUCCGUGAAGCCUUCAAGGUGUUCGACCGGGAUGGCAACGGCUUCAUCUCCAAGCAGGAGCUGGGCACGGCCAUGCGCUCCCUGGGCUACAUGCCCAACGAGGUGGAGCUGGAAGUCAUCAUCCAGCGCCUCGACAUGGACGGUGACGGGCAGGUGGACUUCGAGGAGUUCGUGACGUUACUGGGGCCCAAACUGUCCACCUCGGGCAUCCCGGAGAAGUUCCACGGCACGGACUUCGACACCGUCUUCUGGAAGACCGGAUCGGCUGUGGAUCGGGACCGAGAGCGGGCAGCGCAGGGCGCACCACGGGUGGCAGCGGUGCGAGGGGCCGGAUCCUGCUCCGGGAAACGGGGGCUGUCGGCUCCAGAUGAGAGCAGACAGCCCCUCCGCGCGGGGCUGGAUCCCCACGGAGUGCAGAUCCCCGUUCCAGCGGCACGGAGACAGCCACCCGACCGGCUCAACCCACGGGAGGCUGCCAGGCGAGAAAUAACAUGA